AUGCUCGCAACUUUCGCCCUUUGCAUUGCUCUCGCCACUGCAGCGCCUGCCUCUACAUCGACCAAUUCUGCGCCACCCCCGUACGCAACGGAUACACCCAUCAGUCUCGACCUCAACGCGCCGAUAUACAUCGCUCCGAUCAACACCGACGCUGGACCACAACCCAUUCGUGGGGGACUUGGUGCUGAUAUCAUUGCACAGAACAAUGCCAACCUUGCCAAGCAGAACCCUGAUAGUCUGGCGCCACCUACAACAGACGAGGGCAACGUAGGAAACCCGAAGUGGCCCUUCUCGUUGAGUCACAACCGUCUACUGACAGGUGGAUGGGUGAGACAACAGAACACUCAGGUGUUCCCUAUCGGAGAAAAGAUGGCUAGCGUGGACAUGCGGCUAGAGAAGGGCGCCAUUCGCGAACUGCAUUGGCAUACUGUUGCAGAGUGGGCGUACGUUCUCAAGGGCACGACGCAAGUCACCGCGGUAGACACAGAUGGACGCAACUUCCGUGCGAACGCUAAUGCUGGCGACCUCUGGUACUUCCCGGCCGGCGUGCCGCACUCGUUGCAGGGCGUGGGCGACGAAGGGACCGAGUUCCUUCUGGUCUUCCCCGACGGAACCUUUUCCGCGGAAGAUACGUUGAUGUUAACUUCCUGGCUGUCUCAUACACCAGUCGAAGCACUCUCCAAGAACUUCGGUCUGCCACCGGAAGCCUUUUCCCGCGUACCAUCGCAUGAGCUCUUCAUCUUCCCAUCAGAAGAGCCUACAGCGGAUGCGCCUCCUGAGGAUCCGUACGGCCAGACGCCUAGUCCCUACAUGUACGCUCUUUCAAAGGCCAACGCUACCAGAGCUCCAGGAGGCUCCUUCAAGGUCGCGGACACGAGUGUAUUCCCAAUCUCACAGAAGAUAGCUGUGGGGGAAUUCACUAUACAGCCGGGAGCGAUGCGCGAGCUGCACUGGCAUCCUCUUGAAGACGAAUGGGGCUACAUCAUCUCCGGUCAAGCACGCAUCACCAUCUUCGCCAGCUCGAGCACAGCAGGCACGUUCGACUUCCAAGCAGGCGAUAUCGCGUACAUCCCCGCUGCCCUCGGGCAUUACGUCGAGAACAUCGGAAACGAGACGCUGAAGUACCUCGAGGUGUUCAAUUCGGCAAAGUUUGAAGAUGUCAGUCUCAGGCAAUGGCUGGCGACCACACCACCGGAGCUGGUCAAGGCCCAUCUGGGGUGGAACGACUCCACUAUUGCGCAGCUGGGCAAGACGAAGCAAGUCAUCGUUGCACCGUAUACGCCGUAG